ACUUCGUGGUCUCGGGUACAGUAUUAUGAUCCCUAGAAGCCAAUGGGAAGUCUGAAUGCAUGCCCACUUGAGACACGAAUACUUUUCAUGUGGAAUGGAUCAGGCGUUACGAGAUCGCUUGCUUGCAGACCCCAGGGAUGUGCCGCUGGCAAUAGCAUGUAUCCGGCACUCUAGCAGGUGCAACUUGAUCCACAAUGGAUAAAGGUCUGAUUGUUCAAGUCCGAAAUGAGCCAUGAAUACUUUGCUGUGCGAGUACGCUCAACAUUCUUCUUUGAUGUCCCUGACCAUUUCGUGCUCUUGGAUGCGUCUCUGCAAGAGAGUACUACCUCAUCUCAAGGAUGGAUCUCAUGAUCUGUGGCAUGUGUGGUGCCCAGCACUCAACUAGGGCUAUCAAAUCAUGCGUGGUUUGCGAUGAUCCUCGACAAUACGUGCCACCGGACGGGCAAACCUGGACCACACUUCGUGAACUGCAACGUUCCGGCAAGUUCCAAAAUGUGUUCAAACACGACAAGUACGACUCUGGAUUGAUAAGUAUAUAUACGCAACCACAAGUCGCAAUUGGUCAACGUGCCAUUUUGUGUUGCACGGAGAAGGGAAACAUAUUGUGGGAUUGUAUCACAUAUAUCGAUGAAGAGACGAUCAAAACCAUCAAAGAUCUCGGCGGCAUCCAUGCCAUCGUCAUAUCCCAUCCGCAUUACUAUUCAACCUCGUUGCACUGGGCGGAGGCUUUCGACUGCAAGGUUUACUUGUCGGCAGAAGACAAAGACUGGAUCAUGCGCACCGGCCCCGCCCAUGUGCUGUGGGAAGGCAACGAGAAGGAAUUUCUUGACGGCCAAUUCAAGGCUGUCAAAGUCGGAGGACAUUUUCCCGGCAGCUCAGUCCUGUUGUGGAAGGAAAGGAAGAAGCUGCUGGUGGCGGACAGUAUCACUGUCAUCCCCAGUGGAGUUUAUCAUGUGGAUCGUCCGGCCGAUACUGCGUCCUUCACUUUCAUGUGGUCAUAUCCUAACAUGAUUCCACUACCGCCCGAAGAAGUGUAUGGUAUAUGGAAGGCCGUUGCAGCACUCGAUUUCGAAGAUACCCAUGGCGCAUUUUGGAGCAGAGACACUCGUGGUCAAAGCAAAAAGAGGGUGCUCGAUAGUGCCAAGAUCUUCAUCAGAUUCAUGGGGUACACGGAGCAUGCCAUCCACAAAGUGACGCUCUAGAGCGAGGCCAGCACCUGCGCCGGAAUCAAUUUGUCUGGCAGGAACGGCCCAUCUUUUUC